AUGGAGGACUGCACCUACGUCAUCAACUGGGUCUCGCUGAGCGAGAGCAACUUGACCCGAGCCGGCUACAGGAAAAUCUGUCGACGUCCUCGCUACCGCUCCCUGCUGGAGAUGGUGCCCUACCUCAGGUCAGUCAGACGGAAGGGGAAAGAGGGAGAGCGGGAACUGUGUUGGGGUCUGACCGAGGGGAGAGCGGGGAACUGCGCACGGUGCUCCAAGUGCGAGUCUGACCGAGGGGAAACUGGGGAACUGCGCGUGGAAACCCUCCCUCUGCCACCGGUCGAAUUGCCGCCCUCCUGGGCGCGGGCCCCGGACCCUUCUCUCGUCCCCCUGUCCGUGAGCGACGCCGAGUACCAGAUGGUCUACUGGACCUUCCACCAGACGCUGGCCGAGUCUCGGUUCAUCGUGGUCCGCAUCUCCCGCGUGCAGAACGCUGCGCUCUGGCAGAAAUACAUCAAACGCCGCUCCGACCUCCAGGAAGAGCUGGGUGACUCCUUUCCGCCAGGAUCCUGGGACCGGCACCUGUUCCACGGCACCUCUGAGCCCUGCGCCCGCUCCAUCUGCCUCUCCAACUUCGACCCGGGCCUGGCCGGGAGGCACGGGGCCCGCUACGGGAGGGGGGCCUGUUUCGCCGCCGCCGCCAGUUACUCGCACUCCUUCGCCAGCCCUUCGGCGCCCCCGGCUGCCCUGCGCCGCAUGUUCCUGGCCAAGGUGCUGACCGGCCGCAGCGCCCUGGGCCGGCCCCACCUCGCCGCGCCCCCCCUGCUGGGGCCUGGCCUCCCGGGCGCCCGCUACGACUCCUGCGUUGACUCCCUGGAGGAGCCCGCCAUCUUUGUGGUCUUCGACAGCGCCCAGUGUUACCCGUACUGGCUCAUCGAGUACCAGGCCGUGACCACCAUCCUCCUGGACUGAGCGGACUCGGGGUGGGGGGAGGUGGCCUGAGGCCUACUUGCUAAUGCGCUCUCUCCUUCGUGUAACCCAGGCCUGAGGCCUACGGGAAAGAUCACUGGGUCAGGCGCCUGAGACAGUUUUCUCUCUCUCGUGAUUUUCGGUUGUUAAACAGGAUUUAAUUUAUUUGCUUUUGAGAUGUUUGUGCUGUGAGUCAUUUUUAAUGCGAUUUAUUUAUGAAAUAAAGGUAUUAUUUUUCCAA